CAGCCCCCGCUCUCCGUCCCCGGGGACCGCUGCCGGUGGUAGGUGUCCCCGGGGCUGUCCCCGCCAGGGACCGGGCACCAUGGGGCAGGGGGCCACGGGGCUGGCCGGGGUGCUCAGCCUGGCCGGGGCACUGCCAGCCGGGACCCCGCAGCUGCUGGACGCGGGGCACACGCUCCCUCCGGGCGGGGAUGCUCUGAGCCACGCACGGGGCCUGGAUUGCUGGGAGGUUUGGAAGCACAACAGCUCUGAGUGGUGCCACUUCAUCCGGAGCAACCCCGACUGCCGGCUGGACGGGGGCUUCCUCGACUACCUCGAUGGGGUCUUCUGUGUGUUCCCGCCCCGGGUGCUGCCUCUGGCUGUCACCCUCUAUGCUCUCUGGCUCCUGUACCUGUUCAUCAUCCUCGGUGUGACAGCAGAGAAGUUCUUCUGCCCCAAUUUAUCAGCCAUCUCCACCAACCUGAAGCUGUCCCACAACGUGGCAGGUGUCACCUUCCUGGCCUUUGGAAAUGGGGCCCCCGAUGUCUUCAGUGCUGUGGUGGCUUUCUCUGACCCCCGGACAGCAGGGCUGGCCAUCGGGGCUGUCUUUGGUGCCGGUGUGUUUGUGACCACGGUGGUGGCCGGGGGCAUCGCCCUGGUCAAGCCCUUCACGGCCGCCUCCAGGCCCUUCCUCAGGGAUGUCAUCUUCUACAUGGUGGCCGUCUUCCUCACCUUCGUCAUCCUCUACUUGGGCAGGAUCAGGCUGGGAGAGGCUCUGGGUUACCUGGGGCUCUACGUGUUCUACGUGCUCGCCGUGGUGCUCUGCACCUGGAUCCACCGGCGGCAGCGUGGGGAUGGGCUGGCCCCUCCCGGAGCCUGGGAGCCAGAGAUGCCGACAGAUGUGGAAGAGCCGGAGCCCUCGAGCACGAGCAGCGGGGACUAUGGGGAGGAGUACCGGCCCCUGCUGCCCUCCCGGGAGACCUCCCUGCGCAUCCUCGCCUCGGCCCUCAACCCCUUGGACUGCCGCAGGUGGAGGAGGAAGCCCUGGUACUGGCGGCUCUUCAAGGCCUUCAGGGUGCCUGUGGAGCUGCUGCUGCUGCUCACUGUCCCCGUUGUGGACCCCGACAAGGAUGACCUGAACUGGAGGAGACCCCUCAACUGCCUGCACAUCCUCACCAGCCCCCUGCUCUGCAUCCUCACCCUGAAGUCAGGCGCCUAUGGGCUGUACCAGAUCCAAGGCGUCUUCCCAGUCUGGGCACUGGUCACACUGGUUGCCUCUGCCCUGGCCCUCAUCAUCUUCAUCACCACAAGCAAUGAGGAGCCCCCCAAGUACCACUGUGUGUUUGCCUUCCUUGGGUUUUUGGCCAGUACCAUGUGGAUCAACGCCGCGGCCACGGAGCUGGUGAACAUCCUGCGCACCCUGGGCAUCAUCUUCCAGCUCAGCAACACCGUGCUGGGCCUCACACUGCUGGCCUGGGGCAACAGCAUCGGGGACACCUUCUCCGACCUCACCAUGGCCCGGCAGGGCUAUCCCCGCAUGGCCUUCUCCGCCUGCUUCGGGGGCAUCAUCUUCAACAUCCUGGUCGGCGUGGGGCUGGGCUGCCUGCUGCAGAUGAGCAGCAGCCAGCCGCUGGUGAAGCUGGAGCCGGACAGCUCGCUGGUGUGGGUGCUGGCCGGGGCGCUGGGGCUGAGCCUGGCCUUCUCCUUGGUGACGGUGCCGGCGCAGUGCUUCCAGCUGGGAAAGGCCUACGGGCUCUGCCUCAUCGCCUACUACCUGCUGUUCCUGUGCCUGGCCCUGCUCACCGAGUUCAGGGUCAUCCACUUCCCCGCGCCCUGAGCGGCCCCGCAGACCCGGCCCGGAGCUCGCUCUGCCUCCCCACGCAGCCCCGGGGACAAGGGCACGGCGACCUCCCCGUGCUGCUGGAGCUGCCAGCCCGGCCCUCGGCCCCUGCCGCCCUUUGGGAAGGAGCUGGCAGUGCCCACGUCCUCCCCUCGCUCUCUUCAGUCAUUUAGGGAACUCCGGGCAGCAGCAGCACCCAAACCUCAGCUCUGUGCGCUGGCAGGACCAGAGGAUGGGGAAGCGCCAGCUCAGGGGCACGGCAGGGGAAUUCUGCCUCCUCAGCUCCAGCUGGCCCUCCUCAGCCCCAGGGUGGCACUGCCACAGCCCUGGCACACAUCUGUCCUUGGAAGGGCUGUCCCUGAUGGCACCGUGGGCAGACAGGGGACACAGUGCUCCAGGGAUACACUGGGUUUAGUGCAAGCAAAGCCUGAGGGAAAAACAAACACCAAACCAAGGGAGGCUGGUUUCCCCUGCUUUUUUUAGUAAUGUUUUUCAACCUGAGUUUCAGAUCCUACUUUUCUCCUCCUCCUGGGGUGGGCAGAGCUGUAGGAAAGGACUUGGAGGUUUCCACACACAGUGUUGACCUCUGGCAGGACAAGAUUUAGGCACUGUAAAAAACUGCAAUAAAAAACCAACCAAACAAGAAAAAAAUGCAAACACAAA